UGUUUGCUUGGGGAGCAAGAAGACUCAGAUAAUCUUCGCGGAGCGAGAAUCAAGUGUCAUUUUUCCCUCAGUCUUCCACUGACGUUGGACCAAAAUAAAUACAAUCUGACGGACUCCCAAUCCCAAUUGGAAUAUAAUAAGAAAAAAAUCAGUUACUAGUUAUGAGGAUUACCCGGCGUUAUGUCUGGAACAUCGACAUCUGAACGCUCCAACUCUGAAGACAGUCCAUCGAAUCCCGGCCUGACGGAGGUGCUCAGAAAUUGUGCGAAUAUCCAGUCACUGGAAAGCCUGAACUACGAAUACAACGACGUCUUCCUCACCGAAUCCAGCGAGGGAAAGAUGAUAACACCGAAUCCAUACUCUUUCAGCGGUAACAUCUCCAUCAGCAGUUGUCCAAGUGAAGAUGUUUCCUUCACGGAGAGCAUUCUGGAGGACAAUGGUCGUAUAUCGCUGGCGUAUGAGAACCUAAAGACAAUUCCCCGGCGACUGGCCGACAAAUUUGCGGCACAGACCAAGUUCCUCGACUUGAGUCACAAUGAUUUUAGGAAUCUCAGAUUUCUGUCGUUUUUUGAGGAUCUGGAUACUUUGAUACUGGACCGCAAUGUGAACCUGGACAUAAAUACAUUUCCUUACCUACCGAGCCUAAGAAUCUUGUGGAUUAACAACUGCGAUAUAGCAAACAUAACAGACUGGAUACACCGCAUCGAACGGCAGUGUCCGGCACUGGAUCAGCUUUCUUGUAUGGGCAAUCCUGGUAUCAUCACGGUUUUCGGUGGCCAAGGACCCCGCGAGUACAUCCUGCAGGUGCUUCCCCAGCUAAAAUACCUCGAUGGACUGCCAACUUGCCCCAGCAGCAUGAGUGGAGGCCAUACAGCGCUCUCAUCCUCACAAGGACAGGGUCCGGAUUCCACAAGCAACUCAGAAAAGCCACUGCCCGCACCCGCACUCACUUUCAAGGACUUUUUCCGGCCAAAGCAUUCAAGGAAAUCGCACAGUGGGCGGACCUACGGCAACGGCUCCUCAACAAAUUGAAGUGUUCUGUUGAAGGGGGGGGGGUAAUUCCACUGAUUGCAUUCUGUCCCAUUGUUGGACUAUUUUUAACCGUCCACUGGAUUAUCAGCCAGAGCUGCCCUCGGAUGCCCUGCUCGUAGUCGAUUGCACCUACAGUGCGAUGCAAGUAAAUAUAUGCACACCAUAUGCACGAUAAUUACCAUGUACGUAUAUAAAUAUGCAAUUGUAUGGCGAUGGACACGCACAAGCCUAGUGAGAAUUAAUCUAAAGCAAUUUUUACAAUAAUGCGAGUCAAUGCACUCUAUGAAUAGUCAAGUAAACAGUACGAAUAUAAUAGACCCCAUCUUCAGAAUAAAAAUUCUUCAUUUUAACAGCA